AUGUCACACACAAUCAAGAAUGUUGCCAUUGCCGGGGCUAGUGGAAAUGUCGGAUCUCGAGUCCUUGAUGCAUUGCUCGAUCUCAAAUUCAAUGUAACGGUGCUGAGUCGGAGUGCCAAACCCUUCCCGGCCGGUGCCCGUGUGAAGGUUGUUGACUUCACUUCGGUGAAAGCGUUGACUGCUGCUGUUGCUGGACAUGAUGCAGUCAUUGAUGCUACAUCCUCGCUCGAGUUUGAAACACCCCUCCGACUGAUUGACGCAGCGGCCAAGGCUGGGGUUUAUCGCUUUAUCACCAGCGAUUUCGGACUCGAUCCCGAAAUACCAGCUAUCCACAAUAUGCCUUGCUUUGAACGAAAGAAGGUUUCGUAUGAAGCCGUGAAGAAAGAAGCGGCUAAUAACCGCUUGACCUAUACCCUGAUAGCCUGCGGUGGCUUCUUCGACUGGGCUCUAUCUUCCGGUUUUCUCGGUUUCAAUUUCCAAGAAAAGAGCGCUUUCAUCUGCGGUGAUGGAAACAACGUUGUUCCCUGGACCACGUUAGCGGAUGUCGGUAAAGCAACUGCGAAUGUUCUUUUGCAUCCACAGGAAACUCUAAACCGCCCGGUUUAUGUUCACUCUGUGUACAUAACCCAGAACCAACUCUUUGAUAUCGCAAAAGAGAUCCUGGGGUAUGACGGCUGGUCGGCCACGUAUAAUGAUAUGGAACCCCAUUUGCAAAAGGCGUUCGAGGAUAUCAAGACCGGCAACGUCACUUAUUCGACUAUUACAACUCAAAUCCAGUAUUGUAUGGCUGUCAAGGAGCUGACGCAUCCCUGGAAACAAGAUGAUAAUUCUCUGGCUGGAUUGGAGGAAUGGAGUGUGGAGAAGGUGAAAGAGCUGAUUCGGACGACCGCUGCCGAAGCAGUGUGA